CGCUGCAACGACCCGAGCAAGUGGGUCACUUCCUGGAGCAGUUCCUGGUCCACGUAUAUUUGAGGAGCUCACAAACAUCCUCCUUUAACCGAUAAUGACAUUUGACUGUGUGCAUCCAGACGGAAGCCCCUUCUCCCGUGUAAGCGCCGAAGCUCGGUGACUUCCAGCAGACUGGACACCCAGUGAGCCUCGAGUUUUUAUCCCACGGAUGCAACAACAUGUCCUGGUUUACGGAUCUGGCUGGCAAAGCGGAGACCUUCCUGAAUAAAGUGGACCAAGGAGCCGCUACCGCCCUGAGCAAAAGCCAGGCGAGGAGCUCCUCCUUUUCCUCGUCCUACGGAGAAGAACCCGCCGUCGCCAACGAGUACAACUCGGCGGCGCACACCGCCGAGCUAGCCGGAACGCGUCACGCCUACCCGCCGUCUGAUGACGCGGCGGGUUACAUCUCUGCCGUGGCCGGCAACAUUAAGAAGUCCGGCGCUACCCUCCUCGCCGGCACGGCCAACGCGCCCCGUGCUCCUUCUGGCUCCGGGAGGAGCAGCGGCGUUCCAAACGUCGCCAAGACCUCAGCGGGCUUCGUGAGGCCCAAAAAGAGCGAGCAGGACGUGGACGACGACAUGCUCUUCGACUUCCUGAACAGCUCCGACCCUGCGGACGGCGGCCGGAGGGAUUCCAGGAGGGAACUGGCGAAAGCUGCGGCUCCGGCCAUGGAGGUCCAAAGCCCGACGCCUCCGCCUUCUCUCACUCCUCACGCCAACCUCUCAGCCCCGUCCACGCCCCCUUCUACCCGAGGCGUGUCGAGGGCCUCGAGCAUGAGCUCGCUCUCUGCCCACAGCAUCAAAACCUCCGAGGAGAAUUCUGCCAAGGAGCAAAGUCAAGACACUCCUGAGAGUUCUGACUCCGGCUUAGCUCCCCUGCAGGAGUCCAACAGGACAGAGCCCGCCCUCCACGCCGAGGAGCCGCAGAGCCAGGUCCUGUCCAGCCUCCGCCUGGAGAACCAGCUGCUGCGGAGCGAGGUCGCCUCCCUCAACCAAGAGAUGGCCUCCGUCAUCCAGAGAGCCAAAGACCUGCAAGAUGAAUUAAAUCAGGCCCGCCUGCGUGCAGACAGGUGGAACUCGGAGCAGUCGCAAACCGACCGCACAUUCAGAGAUCUUCGCUCUCAGGUCGACGACCUCACAGAGGCGCUCUCUGCCAAAGACGGCCAACUCGCCGUCCUAAAGGUCCGACUCGAUGAAGCCGACCAGCUGUUGAAGUCGCGCAGUUCUGCACUGGAGGAGGCACAGAAGGAAAAGUCGAGAAUUAUGCAGGACCACACAGAAGGGAGCAGCAUCCACUCCCAAGCUCUGGAAAAGAUACAGGAGAGACUGCGAGAGGCAGAACUUUCUGUCAGGAGGGAACAGGACAGCUAUCGGCAGAUGCAGAGUGAGUAUGCAGAGCGGCUGAGCAAACUAGAAGCUGAGAGGCAGACCCUUGCAGAGACGGUGACUGCGGCAGAGCGACGAGCGGUGGAGGAGAAGCUCAGGGUGGACGACCUCCACCAGCAAGUGAAAAGCGCUAAAGCGGCGGCCGAGUCUGCCAAGCAGGAGCUACAAGACUACAAGCACAAAGCUUCGCGCAUCCUACAAUCCAAAGAAAAGCUAAUAAGCAGUCUGAAGGAGGGGUCGGGUCUCGACAUCGGAGACGGUAGCGGGACCAUGGCUCUGGAGCUGGAGGAGCUCCGUCAUGAAAAAGAGCUCCAGAGGGAAGAGAUUCAAAAGCUGCUGGCCCAAGUGGGCACUCUGCGGACAGAAAUCCAGGAUCUGGAGACUCAGGCCCUGACCGAGGCGGAAACAUGGCGGGAGCAGCAGGUCCACAUACAGGAGCAACAGGCCUCGCAGAAUCGAGCCAAGCAGGAGCUGGAAGCUGAGGUGGAGCGCUACAAACAGGAGCUCCAGUACCUCGAGGACGAGCACCAUCGGGCCAAAAUCAACAUGCAGAGCCGAAUCAAAGACAGAGAGGACGAAAUCCAAAAACUCAGGAAUCAGCUGACCAACAAGACUCUGAGCAGCAGCAGCCAGACGGAGCUGGAGAACCGACUCCACCAGCUGACGGAAACGCUGAUCCAGAAGCAGACCAUGCUGGAGGCCCUGGGCACGGAGAAAAGCUCCCUGGUCUUCCAGCUGGAGCGUUUGGAGCAGCAGCUGAAGAGCGCCCAGGGAGGGCAGAGCGGAGGCCCGGUCAUCAACAUGAGCCCCGCCGAGGGUCCAGGCACCCGUCAAAGAAACACACCAGUGCUGUUCAGCGAUCAGGACAGUCCAGGUGUCUACGGCAAAGUGCGGAAGGCAGCCAGCUCUAUUGACCGAUUCAGCAUAAGGCUAGGAAUCUUCCUGAGGCGCUACCCCAUAGCUCGGCUUUUUGUCAUCCUUUACAUGGCGGUACUGCACCUGUGGGUCAUGAUCGUUCUUCUGACGUACACACCCGAAAUGCACGGUCGCCCCGAUGGAAGAUAGAAGAAGCUUUGUAAUUUCAUGUUGCAGAUGUGUUUUCUAUGGCCUUUUGAUGUAGGGAAGGCGCUGGAAGACGGGCUGUGGGACCUGACUCUCCCUGUUUUGCACACAAAUGCUAUGAACUGAAGAAAUGUUCUUGUUGGUUUCGCCGAUUGACGGCUGGGAGCAGAAUCGAGUUUUAAAGUGAAUACGAAGUGAUCUGUUGUGUCGGUUUCCUGGAAAUGACCUUGCAUUGUUCUUCUCCACAUAAUACUUUAACAUAAUUAUUCUCUCGAGGGAUUGUAUGUAACACUAUGUAAAAACGCAAAAAAAACAAAAGCAACUUUUAAUAAACAGAGAAUAUGAGAAACAAA